AGCAAGCCCAUACCAACAACGCCCAACAAAGCAAGCUCUCAUCAACCUCACCGCCGCAUCUCCCAUCUCAGAUCAUAUACCCGAAACCACAUCCCCACGACAGAUUGGAGGCACCGACGUCAAGAUGGACUCUCUCGUCGCCCGCUACAGCAGGCCGAUGUUUGCGAAUGAGGGCUACGCAAAGGAGCAGCAGGAGGAGAUGGAGAUGGUCCAGGAGGUGCCGGCGUUAAGUCUGAGGUUUGCCAUGCCGCCCGUUGCGCAACCGUCAUCAUGGCUCCGCGCGGCAACAGACGAUUACUCCAACCCCAACUGCCCCAUCAAGAUCGCCCACGGCACAACUACGCUGGCUUUCAGGUUCCAGGGCGGGAUUAUCGUGGCGACGGAUUCGAGAGCUACGGCUGGGAACUGGAUUGCCUCGCAGACAGUGAAGAAGGUUAUCGAGAUCAACAACAGCUUGUUAGGCACGAUGGCUGGUGGCGCUGCUGACUGCCAAUACUGGCUCGCCUACCUAGGCAUGCAAUGCCGCCUCCACGAGCUCCGCCAAAAGCGCCGCAUCACCGUCGCCGCCGCCUCCAAGAUCCUCGCCAACAUCGUCUACAGCUACAAAGGCAUGGGCCUCUCCAUGGGCACCAUGUGCGCGGGCGUGACUCCCUCCGAAGGCCCCGCGCUCUACUACAUCGACUCCGACGGCACGCGGCUGGCAGGCAACCUGUUCUGCGUCGGCUCUGGACAGACCUUCGCCUACGGCGUGCUGGAUGCGGAGUAUAGAUAUGAUUUGAGCGAGGAGGAGGCGCUGGAGCUGGGUCGACGCAGUAUCCUCGCCGCGACGCACAGGGAUGCGUAUUCGGGUGGGUAUAUUAAUUUGUAUCAUGUUAAGGAGGAGGGGUGGGUGAAGCAUGGGUUCAACGACACGAAUCCCAUUUUCUGGAAGACGAAGUUGGAGAAGGGCGAGUUCUCGAAUGUGACGAGCGAGUUGGUUUGAGGAGGGGCCGUACGAUAGUGUGUGCCGGGAUGGGAUGGGAUGGGAAUUGGGACGUGGGUGUGGCGUGGG